GGCGUGGCCGGGUCGCGCCGCUGAUCUCAUCGCGCUGCGCCGCGCCGGGGCCGCACGGAGCCGCUCCCCAGGCCUAGCGAGGCCGGCAGCCCGCGGAUGUGGGCUGAGGUGUUGCUUCUGCCCUGCAGGGCUCGGCUGCUUCCGCCUCUCCGGCUGCGGCACCGAGCGGCGCGCGCCAUGAGGCUGCAAAGCCCGCAGUUCCAGGCGCUCUUCACACCGGGGCUGCGCAGUGUGGCAGAAUUGUUUGAGAAGAAGAACUACGAGCUGAGAAUCGCGGGAGGGGCCGUGAGGGAUUUGCUGAGCGGAAUGACGCCUCAAGAUGUGGAUUUCGCCACUACGGCUACACCCGAAGAGAUGAAGGAGAUGUUCACGUCUGCUGGGGUUCGGCUGAUCAAUAACAAAGGAGAAAAACACGGAACCAUCACGGCCAGGCUCCAUGAACAGAAUUUUGAAAUUACUACUCUCAGAAUAGAUAUUGUCACCGAUGGACGCCAUGCAGAGGUGGAAUUCACCACUGACUGGGAAAAGGAUGCUGAAAGGAGGGAUCUGACCAUCAAUUCCAUGUUUUUAGGCUUGGAUGGGAUGCUGUAUGAUUUCUUUAAUGGAUAUGAAGACUUAAAGAACAAGAAAAUAAGAUUUGUGGGAAAGGCAAGUGCAAGAAUACAAGAAGAUUAUUUACGAAUCCUAAGAUAUUUCAGGUUUUAUGGGAGGAUUGCAGAAAAACCUGGCGAUCACGAAUCGAGCACCCUGCAAGCAAUUAAAGAAAAUGCCAAAGGUUUGGCUGGGAUAUCAGGAGAAAGGAUUUGGGUGGAACUGAAAAAAAUUCUAAUUGGAAACCACGUAAAUCAUUUGGUUCGACUUCUGUAUGAGCUGGACGUCGCUCAAUACAUAGGUUUACCAGGUAAUGGAAAUCUGGAGGAACUUGACAGAGUCAGUAAAAAUACUGAAAAUUUGUGUCCAAAACCCAUGACUGUUCUGACGUCAUUGUUCAAGGUGAAGGAUGAUGUAACAAACCUUGAUUUGAGGCUGAAAAUCUCAAAAGAGGAGAAGAACCUUGGCUUCUUUCUGCUGAAACACCGUGAGGAGUUAACUAAAGCGACGGGGCCAGAACCACUGAAACCAUAUCAAGACUUCAUAAUGGAUUCUAGGGAAGCAAAUACGAUUUCCAAAAUAUUAGAACUGCUGAAGUACCAGGGAGAAGAGCAGCUUUUAAAAGAAAUGCAGCAGUGGACUGUUCCUACCUUUCCUGUUAGUGGCCAUGAUCUGCGGAAAAUGGGCAUAACUUGUGGGAAAGAAAUUGGCUCAGCACUGCAGCAGUUACGGGAGGAAUGGAAGAAGAGUGGGUACUGCAUGGAUAAAGAAGAGUUGUUAAGUUGUAUGAAGAAAGUGUAAAAGGCUGAUAGCAGCAAACAUUUCCUGAAAUGAAAGUUCAGAGGAAGUAGAAAGUUCAGAGUCAAGUCUGUCCAAAUGAACUCAUUUCCUGGCGUCUCGUGCCACCUUCUCUCCAC